GUAGGUCAAAACGUGCCCGCGCACGUAAACGCCCCCUCCCCCUUCAGGCCGGUUUUCAGUCAGCCGCGCGCGGAUUCAGUCAAGUGAGGCUACCGAGAGGUGGUGUUGACCGACCGCUGCAGGUUUUCGUCAAGAAACCUGAACGAUUUCGACUUCUUAAGACAUCUGACAGCGACGCCAGGUCCUUAUUUUUAACGGAAGGGUCAGCGGUGCCGGAGUGCAGGCGACGCGACCGAGGGAAGAAAAUAAAUCCCGGAGGGAAAGCGACCGAAGUGAGCUUGAGGAUCAAAGCUAAUGCUAACUUAGCCAGCCACUGCUCAAACAAUUACACGGAAACUGGUGUAAUUUGUCUUGUCGCUUGCUUUGGCAUAACCAAUGUGGUUAUUGAGUAGAUAGUCUGGGGAAAUCUGUUAAAUUAUGUGUUACAUUUAAUUUAAUUAUCGAGGUGUGUUUGCCUUUUGCAUUGUAGGCCACAGGCGCCUGGUAUUCACUUAGCAAGAUUAGCUCUAGCAGCCGGUCUUAUUGAGGUUACACCGGCUCUGCACUCCUCAGGACGGGGGAUCUUGCUAAUCAUAGUUGGCUUUCAAAGCAACUUGACAAAGGGAGAUAUCAGUGUUUAUAAGUUAGUUUACACUUGGUACUUUCUAAGCCUUGUGCUUCGCAAUGCUGAAACAACAGCAACCCGGCUCGGGCGGGAGAAAGGCGUCCAACGGAACAUCGGGCCCCGCCGGUAUGUCUUCACCAGUCAGCGGCAUCAACAGCGGCAACAGGACAACGACUGGGAGGAAUCGAACUUCUGCGAAGCCAUUCCCUUCGUCCCCUGUGUUUGAGGGUGUGUACAACAAUGCCAGAAUGCUUCAUUUCCUCACAGCUGUUGUGGGGUCCACUUGUGACAUACGAGUGAAGAACGGCAGUGUCUUUGAAGGCAUUUUCAAGACUCUCAGCUCUCGGUGCGAGCUGGCUGUGGAUGCUGUACACAAAUGCAGUGGGGAGGACAGCUCAUCGGUCCCUCCACGGAGAGAGGACAUCACAGACACCAUGAUCUUCAGCCCCUCAGACUUGGUUACAAUGAUCUGCAGGGAUGUUGACCUCAACUUUGCCACUAGAGACACCUUCACAGACUCGGCCAUCAGCUCCACCCGCAUCAACGGUGAACACAAAGAAAAAGUCCUGCAGAGAUGGGAAGGAGGAGACAGCAAUGGAGAGAGUUACGACCUGGAAAAUGAUGCAUCCAACGGCUGGGACGCCAAUGAGAUGUUUCGUUACAAUGAAGUGAAAUAUGGAGUCACAUCUACAUACGAUGCAAGCCUCUCCAUGUACACUGUGCCUCUCGAGAGGGGCAACUCUGAGGUGUUCAGACAGAGGGAAGCGCGCGCUGCUCGCCUGGCCAACGAAAUCGAGUCGAGCCCCCAGUACCGUCACCGGGUCAGCCUGGAGAACGACGAGGGCAAAAGCGAGGAGGACAAGUACAGCUCCGUGGUGCGGGACAGCAACGACCGCGAGAGGGGCCGCGAGAGUCCCCGCGACAGAGAGCGUGAGAGGGGCCGGGACAGUCCUGGAGCCAACAACAGGGAGGGCAAAUACAUUCCAUUACCUCAGCGUCAGAGAGAGAUGAACCGCGAGCGAGAGCGAGCAGAGAGGGGCCCCGGUGGUCCUCCACCACACAACCGCCUGAGCGGGGGCUACCGCUCCACGCCUCCAUCCUCCUCUUCCUCAUCGCCCAGACCCCCGCUGCCAUCGGCUGCUGGGCCGCAGCCCGGAGUCUCCCCGUCGGAGAGAAGCAGCCCUCUGUCGGCCCGGGGCGGCGCCUACGCCCCUCACCACCCGCAGGGCAGCCCCAGCCCCGGCCCGGGCUCCGGCCCCGCCAGCCCCUAUGCACCCCCAUCUCCCAGCGGACCAGCAUCCACCACAUCCUCCGCUUCCACCGCUCCAUCCCCAGCCAGCCCCCCUGCACCGCACGGACACACUGUCCCUCAUUCCCACUCCCUUCCGCACUCGCUGUCUGAUGUCGGCAGGCCCGUUAAUGGAGUCUCUGCCAGAACAUCUCCCAAAGCCCAAAGACCCCCACAGUCUAGCAGGACGGGCCGCGGUCCAAACUCACACAAUCAGUCCACAGCAGCUCGUUCCCCUAAAUCAGGCUCUUCCCAGGACACACCUUACUUGGACACGUCAUCUGUGUCUCUGCCUGCCCAGAAGACGUCAGGACCUGCCCCUCUCUUCCCUGUAGAUGUGAAUGAAAUCCUUGGUGCAGCUGCUAAAGAGCGCUCCGCCGCCGAGAGCCCUUGCAACACAGAGGAAAACAAGAGCAGUAAAGCUCCUUCGGUUCAGCAGAGAUCGCAGAUUGAGGAGCUGCGGAAAUUUGGCAAGGAAUUCAGGCUCCAGCCGAGUGGCGGCAGCUCCAGCUCUCCCAGCUCCCCUGCGGCAGCGACGCCUCCCGCCGUGAGCGACGUUCCCCAGACCGCCGCCGCCAAGCCCUCGCAGUCGGACGCCGAGGCCAAAGCCCAGCCCGCAGCUCCCAGUCCUUCCCAGCCCCAGCAGCAGCCGUCGCCGGCCCCCGCCGACGACCCCGCCAAGGACUCGGCGGCAGCGCCGGGCGCUGCGCCGGCAGCCGGCGCCGCCGCUCCCCUCUCAGACAGGCAGUCGCCGGCCGUCCCGCAGCCGGCCAGGACCCCCGGCAGUGACGAGUCCCGGUCCGACGGGUCUGAGCGCACAGACGGCGUAGCCGACCAAGUCAAGAAAUCGACCUUAAACCCCAACGCUAAGGAGUUCAACCCCAUCAAACCUCAAAUGACCAUGACAAAGCCCAACACUGCCCCCACCCCGCCCCGGCCGACGCCCCCGAGCCCCGUGGUCCUGCAGCACCCCGGCGGACAGGGGCCGCUCUACAACACCCCCUACCUCUCCUACGUCUCACAGAUCCACCCUGUACAGCCUCCUCCAAUGUACCAGUACACCAUGUCAACAGUCAGCCAAGGAAAGUACCCCAGGACUAAAGGCUCAGUCGUGGCUCCGCGCUCCGACCACGGGACUUCAGCUCCUCCCAUCCUGCAGGCUGCAGCUUCAGCAGCCGGCGCGCCGCUGGUGGCGUCGCCCUACCCUCAGUCCUACCUGCAGUACAACCCGCAGCAGUACAGCCAGCAGCAGGUCAUUCAGGCCAUGACCCCGUACCCCGGACAGCCCAUGUACUCGAUGCUGCAGGGCGGAGCCAGGAUGAUCGGGCAAGGCGGAGGUCCCCAUCCGCAAGCCCUGGGUCCUCCGGGAGGCCCCCAGUUCCCAACGCAGGGAGACGGACCUCAAGGGCCCCAGCAGGGCAUCUAUGCUCCUCAGUCGUUCUCGCACCACUCGGGGGCGGUUCAUCAGCCUCAACCUUCCAGUACCCCGACAGGCAACCAGCCCCCACCACAGCACGCGGCCCCCAGCCCCGGACAGAACGCCCAGUCGGGCCCCCAGCCUCAGUCCUUGUACCACUCAGGUCCCUUGUCGGCCCCCACCCCACCCAACAUGCCCCCGGGCCACACAUCUCCGCAGGGCUCCUACCCCAUCCAGGGCUACAGCAUCCACAGCCACCAGGGCAUCCCGCCCACCUACCCCCUGGGGCAGAUCGCACAGGCCCACGUCCAGGGAGCCAUGUCGGGCCCCCACCACUCGGGGAGCCACGGCCAGCCCCAGCUGGUGAUGCUGCAGCCUCAGCAAGGCCCCGGCGCCGUGCCCCAGCACCCCCAGCACGGGCCGCAGCAAGGAGCACACCAACACUUUUACAUAGGACAGCACGCGAUGCAGGUACAGACGCACCCUGCUUCCUUCCAUCCGCCUGGAAACUGAGGCCGCUCGCCGACCUUCCCAAGCCCCGCCCCCUUCCCCUUCCCCCCCUCCUCUACCCAGGAUGAACACGACUCAUUAAA